CGCCUUUUUGGCCAGUGCUUGGCUUGCUUUGCCCCACAAACAACGUCUCAUCUCGAUAACGACGACGAGAGUCAGGUUAGGCCAGCCUGUGAUUCUAGGGUUAACAAAACCCUUAACUUUUCCUACCUGGUUCUCAGGGUUCAUAUUUGAUUGACUAAUUUUUGUGGAAUUUGUUUAAAAAAGUUUGACCCGAGUGGCACAAUUUCUCACUUUGCUUCCAGGUGCAUGGAUGACACGAAACUCUCGCAAUCUGUUUCAGUUUUAGAAUAGUUGUUUAACAAAGUACUGCAUGAGGUCAACGAACAUGUCAGUGCUACCUCUUCUUAAGCUAAUUUUGGUGUUCAUUCUCAUCUGCUCGGUGGUGGGGUUUUCUCAUGAUCCAGAUUUAUCAAAGUCCAUCCAACGUGCAAUCGAGGAUGAUCGGUUUGUGAUAGUUUUCGAAAACUUGUCACCACGGAGGAGGAGUCGAGGUGCAAAUGUCGACAUAUUGCUCACGGUCGACUUUCCGCACUCCAAGCAACAAGUUGGAUUUGCACUUGACCGUAAAAAUCAUCAAGUGAUAAUCGAGACGAUUGAAGAUGCAGCUAAGAAAACGCUCAACAUCCCAACCACCUACUUGACGGAAACGAGUUCACACUCGAGCCUCGUCGUGGAAGUUACGCAGUCAUGGACGGGCACGGCCAAGUUGUCACUUUUCCUAGAUUGUUCACCUCUUGGACUUGUCACAUUAUCCAAAACAAUGAGAGACAUGAUGGUCAAAGUUAAACCUGCCUUAGUCCGUGCGAGCCGAGAUCGUCGGAUUAAGGUGUCAAUCAAGCCUUCGCUGGACGCCAGGGAGGCGCUGGAUGACCUUCAAUGUCCAUCUAGGGCAGAACAAGCCAUCCAGCCAUCCACAAAUGAGGUCAUCACAUACAGAAGAGGUGAUAUCCCAAUCUUGUCGCCGGAUUUUGAUGACCGAGACUCGUUGUUGAUAAAGACACUGCAAGAACUAAUUCAGACCAUAAAAAACCUUCAGAUCGAAGUUGUGGGACAGCGUGACGACACUCGAAAACUGAGGGAGGCACUUGAAAACUGCGAGGCUUGCAAACCAGGCCCACCCCCAGAACCUGUUCGGACGGGUUGCAGAGCCCAACCCCCACCGUGCUUCCAAGGCGUCCCGUGCACGGAUGGCCCGGAUGGUCGUGUUCAAUGCGGUGCCUGUCCACGCGGUUACAUUGGAGAUGGACGGAACUGUAAACCGGGAAUCACGUGUAGGGAAAGACCCUGUUUCCAAGGGGUGCAGUGCUACGACACGGUCGACGGGUUCCAGUGCGGCCCUUGUCCAUCAGGCUACCACGGGGACGGACAGCGGUGCGAACGCCGACGAGGAUGUGACAGUAGCCCCUGCUACUCAGGGGUUCAAUGUCAUGACACUGAUGAGCCGCCGUCCUAUUACCGAUGUGGUGCUUGCGUUACUGGUCUCACUGGCAAUGGCACCCACUGCUACGAUUUGGACGAGUGCGAUUUGGCGGAACCUUGCGAUGUUCGGGUCCGCUGUAUUAACAUGGCCCCAGGAUUUAGGUGUGAUCCGUGUCCAGCAGGAUUCACCGGAAGCACUGGCCUCCAAGGGCAGGGGCUCGAAUUUGCGAGAAGGAAUCGUCAAAGAUGUCAAGAUAUUGAUGAAUGCGAGCGUGGAAAUGGAGGAUGUGCAGAAAAUUCGAGAUGUAUCAACACUGAUGGAUCUUUCUACUGCGGGGAAUGUAUUCAUGGUUUCUUUGGGAAUCAAACAUUCGGAUGUCACAAUCGAAUAGCUGGAAUGUGUCCUGAUGGUUCAUUCUGUGACGAUAAUUCCGACUGUGUCAGACUUCCAGGUCUUAACUACUACGUUUGCAGGUGUAAAAUCGGAUGGGCUGGUGAUGGGAAAUCCUGUGGGCCUGACAGAGAUUUGGACGGAUGGCCCGACUAUGAUUUGGGAUGCAGUGACAAAAAAUGUAGAAAGGAUAACUGUGUGGACACGCCCAAUUCUGGACAAGAAGAUGCGGACAAUGAUAAUAUUGGAGAUGCAUGUGACCCUGACGCAGAUAAUGAUGGAAUUCCAAACAGUCCUGACAACUGUCCUUUGGUCCAUAACCCUGGUCAAGAGGAUACUGAUCCUGAAGGUGGAGAUAAGCAAGGGGAUGCUUGUGAUAACUGUCCGACUGUGCCAAACCUUGAUCAAGAAGAUACUGACCGAGAUGGAAUUGGCGAUCUCUGUGAUCCUGAUAUUGACAAUGACGGGGUGCCCAAUGAGCGAGAUAACUGUCCUAAAACGCCCAACUCGAACCAACGUGAUCAGGAUCGGGAUGGUCUUGGUGACGAGUGUGAUAAUUGUCCCAGAGUUCCAAAUCCAGACCAAACUGAUUCGGAUAGGGACUUGGUUGGUGAUGCUUGUGACUCAAAUAUUGAUCGUGAUAAAGAUGGCAUUCAGGACAACGUGGAUAACUGCCCUCACAUUCCUAAUGGUGAACAGAGGGAUGCAGAUAAUGAUGGCAUCGGUGACGACUGCGACCCUGACGCGGAUAAUGAUGGGAUCCCCAACGAGCGUGAUAAUUGCAUGAUUGUCUACAAUCCAGACCAAACAGACAGUGACCGUGACGGGCGAGGCGAUGCAUGCGAAGAUGAUUUUGACUUGGACAAAAUUCCCGAUUUCUUAGAUAACUGUCCAAACAACUCUAAGAUAUUUACCACCGAUUUCCGAACAUAUCAAACUGUGGUGUUGGACCCAGAAGGAGAGUCCCAAAUUGAUCCAAACUGGGUCAUUUACAACAAGGGAGCUGAAAUUGUUCAGACUAUGAACUCGGAUCCUGGAUUAGCUGUCGGGUUCCACAGUUUCGGCGGCGUCGAUUUCGAAGGAACAUUUUUCGUUGACACCGAAUUGGACGAUGACUACGUUGGAUUCAUUUUCAGCUAUCAAGAUAACUCUCAGUUUUAUACUGUAAUGUGGAAGAAGAACACUCAAACUUAUUGGCAAGCGACGCCAUUCCGAGCUGUUGCGGAACCUGGUAUUCAACUCAAGUUGGUACAGUCCAACACCGGACCAGGUGAAAUGUUGCGUAACUCUUUGUGGCAUACGGGCGACACUGAAAGUCAAGUGAAAUUGUUAUGGAAGGACCCAAGAAAUGUUGGAUGGCGAGAGAAGGUGGCAUAUCGUUGGCUUCUUCUCCAUCGGCCUAAAAUUGGGCUCAUCCGACUCCGAAUCUUUGAAGGAGAAAAUAUGGUUGCCGAUUCAGGGAACAUUUUCGACUCGACGCUCAAGGGUGGGAGACUUGGUGUAUUUUGCUUCUCGCAGGAAAUGAUCAUUUGGUCGGAUCUCGUGUAUCGUUGCAACGACCACGUCCCAGAAGCCAUUUAUCGAGAACUUCCUCCAAGAUUGCAGUCUGAGGUUGAAAUCGAUAGAAGCAAACCACCACCACCCUCCACAUAAGAUUGGUUAUUGAACACCACCAAUUGUUGGUUGGAUUCUAAAAAAUGUUAACUGUGUAACAUUUUUUUUAAAAAAUAUUUGUUAAUCUUAUUUGUUUGUCAAUUUCUAAGUUCCAUGCUAAAAUAUUCAUUCACUGCCUGCUCAUCAUCAUCCUGUGUGGUAUAGCUUCCGUUUUAUUGGACUAUAAAAAUAUAUGUAACCAUUCAAAAGGUUCAUCAUAGGAUCACGAUGGCGAGCGUCACACUAUAACUAAAAUACUAGCAAAAACACUCAUGAAUCUAGAUUUUAAAACAAUAAUAAUAAGCCGAACGGCAGAACAGCAUUGUUGAAUUGAAAGUCGUUUUUACAUUUAUUUCGUUAAAAGGGACGCCAGAAGUAGUUUUGAUAAGAUUAAUGACAAAAGUUUAAUUUCUCGACCCAUUAUAUACUAAUAAAUUCCUGCAAUAUAUCUGA